AGGAAAACUUCCCACCCACCCGCCUACUUCCAAGGGCAGAGCUGAGAUGGCUGCUGUUGGUGCAGGCUUCAGAUUAGGGCUGCGGGGAGCGAUGGCUUUACCUCAGCAGCAGCGGGCCUGGAGCUCAGGCUCUGACCAGCUGGGUGAGCUCGGCAAAGGCGCUGGAAAAGGCGGGGGCGGAGGCGGAACCAUCCGCGAAGCUGGCGGCGCGUUUGGAAAACGGGAAGCGGCUGCAGAGGAACGUUAUUUCAAGGAGAAAGAGAGAGAGCAGUUGGCAAAUCUGAGAAGACAUCAUGAAGAGGAAAUAAGUCACCAUAAGAAAGAAAUAGAGCGUCUGCAGAAAGAAAUUGAACGUCAUAAGUACAAGAUCAAGAAGCUUGAUGAUGAUUAAGUAGCUGCUGUUGUUGAUGUGGUGGAUAUCUGGCACUGUUUUGAAAAUGGUGCCUGUGAAUAUCCAGGAUUUUGUUCUUAACAUAGUGUGAAAUAAAUAAUUCACUCUAUCUUCAUAA